AUGGGUUUGGAAGAUGGAAUUUUGUUGGGGGACAGCGCGUACCCUUGCAAAAUCUUCAUCAUGACACCUUUCCUGCAUCCUGGAUCCCAACAACAACAGAAGUACAAUGAUGCUCAUUUAAGGACCAGAUAUGUCAUUGAAAGAACAUUUGGUGUCCUCAAGCGGAGGUUCCAUGUUCUUCAUGGAAAGGUACGAAUGAAGCCAGGCAAGGUUUCACGCGUCAUCAAUGCAUGUGCAGUUUUGCACAAUCUUGCUAAGGCGUGGGGUGAGAGGGAGGAAUUACCAGAGGAAGAAGACCCUCAGCCUCAAACACAUGUUCAGCUAGAUGGCAACCCUGAUGGGCAAGCUAUCAGGGAUGCAAUAACCGCUAACUAUUUCCGGUUUGAAAAUAAUUAUUUCAAUCCAUAA